UUCACUUUAGUAUAUGGUACGUGUUUGUACAGUGACUAGGCAAUAACAGUGUCGUGUGAGUACUCCACGAUCACACACGUAGAUACGCACCAUUCAUUUUUAUUCCAACGAAGGGCACAAAUGGCAGGCACUGCGAAAUUCUAUUACGUCUGGAACUUCUUUGAGAAGAUCACUCCAGCAGGAUUCUUGGGGAAUUGGUUAGCAACAGGCAACUAUGUGAGGAACAACAAGGACUUCAUCGUAACUCAACUCCAUCGCAACUUGAACCCUGAUGGUACCUUCAAGUACGUGAACUUUGCUGCUUUCGACGGACUAGAUUUUGAGCUUUUUAAGGGCGAACCAUCGGAAACUUGGAAACGAUUGAUGAAGGAAACAACAUCAAUUCACGUGAACUACCCAGGUGGCUUCACUGAAGUGGCAACAAAUACUGGGAAGCCAUUAGGUCCCUGGCUGCCGAAUGAUGACAAGGGCAUCUUCUUCGUAAUAUCAUUCAAGGCCGCGGAUGAAAACGAUGCCAAGCUUCAGGAAACCUUCGAGAAGGACUGGAUGGAAUCUUCGGGCGCUAACUUCAUCCUUCAGAAAGCUCCCAAAGAUCUCGGUAUCUCUCACUUGGGUCUAUACAAGAAGUUCACUAAGCGCCCUGGAUUGCUGUACGUCCUCCGUGCGGAACUGAAAGGUGUAGGAGAGGAUUCGGAGGCUGCAAGGAGCUUCCUGAGUCAGUUGAAGGCCUUCAAGUUUCCCGAUUACUUCGAGCGUGUGGAUACCGAUCUGUACAGGGAUGACCCCGAAAAUAUACUCUUCCCUCACGCAGGAAAGAAAGAUCUCCCUGAAGGACAUAGUUAUAAGCCUUAGAAUCCCAUAAAGGAUCUAGUUGAAAAAACAAAAUUCAGAACAUCUCCUCAAACAUCUAAGGAAGUGAUUUUGACAUCGCAUGACAGGCAUUCCCAUUUUUUUUUGUUUUAAUAUAGGUUUUCCCGGACAAUUUCGGAAAAUGUGUACACGAAUUUGUAAA